AUGUUUCCAUCUCUUGAUGUCAUCCAAGAAAAUUUCGAAGAUGUCCCCUUAGACUUUAAUACCCAAGCACAACAGACUUUUUACAAUGUAAAUAGGCCAAACUCAUCACGCUCUUUGAAUAAUAUAUCAAAAUCUAAGUUGUCAAGAUUUAAUUACUCUAAUAGCUCUUUCUCUAAUUCUUCCAAGGAGUUGUUAUUGACUCCAUCUCAAAGAUUAAAAAUAAUUAAGCAUCAACGACUAGAAAAGUCCCAAGAUAAGCUAUCAACCAAUUACCCUGAAAACUUCAAUACAUCAGAUUUCUUAUCUGACGAUGUUAUUCCUGAUGAUAUGAUUGUUUUUGAUGUUCCUUCCCUUUACUCUCUGCAAACAUUGUCAACAAACAAACUAAAGGCUCGGAAACCCUCUCUUAGACGCAGAAACAGUGUAUCUUCAUCCACCGCAUCGACUACUGAAACAAUUAUUACAAAUACCCACAAUAUUAAUCAACGAAUAGAGGAAUCUACAGGUGUAGUUAACGCCAACAGUUCAAUGCAAGUAGUACAGAACCGCACUUCGCUUCUGUCUAAUUCGACUCACUCUUCGGUCGUUUCGUCUCCGGCUACAAGAACCUCAUCUAUUUUCUCUCACACCUCUGACGUCUCAGAUUUCAGAAGUUCCAUAGAAGAAGCAUCAAGUCCUCUAUCGAAAGAAGUCAAACUUUUGUCUUUAAAUAAAGACAUAAAACUAGAAGAAUCGUUGCAAAGAAUGACCAUGUUAAAGAAUAUGUCAAAGUUAUCUCAAAUUGAUUCCCCGACCCCUGAUACAGAAAAAAUUCAUUAUUUAACUACCACAAGGCAACAAAAUCUACCACCUAAAACUAAAUAUGAAAUACUGAAACAUGAAAAAGAUUACCAUGAUUUACUCGAGGCAGAGCUUUACCAUGAGCAAGAAAACUUGAGAAAGCAUCAAUUGUUGCAGGAGAAAUUGAAAUCACAACGUGAAAGGGAUGAGAAAUCAUGGAAGAAGGUCAUCGACAAUUAUGAUAAACUGGUCAAACUUCCACAGACGAGAGAACUUUGGUGGAGAUACGUACCUAGUAAAUAUAGAUAUAAGAUCUGGGAGAGACAAAUUAUCAGCGUCAAGAAAACAACAAUUGAAGCAGAACUCAUUAUUGAAAGUUUGGAGAAGGCUUCAGAAAUAAUCAAUGAUGCUUGUGACUUCAAAAUAAUCAAGGAUGAACUAAGGAAGAAACAAAAGGAAAAGGAAUAUCAAAAUAUAAGAGAAAACAUAUCUUUUAUUGAAAAAGUUUCCUACAGGUUACAAUUUGCAUUUCCUGAACUUCAUAUUUUCCAGUUUGGUGAACAUUUUGAUAAUGUCCUGCAUAUAGCUGUUGCGUUUGAGCGUUUAAAAACUAAGAACCGCAAGCUUGAGCCAAUUAUGAUCGAGAGCCUAAUCAAUUUGAUUUGUGUUUUUUAUUAUGUUUUCCAAGAUUUAUUUACAUCACUUAAUUGUUUUGUCUCCCUAAUCCUAAGAAAAUUACCAUUUGCUAUGCUCACGGCCUCAGACGCUGAUAUACCGUCUACCUUAGCUGAGGAUUUACAAAUGGAGAAUACCCAACCACCUUAUUUGAAAGAUAUCAAGGAUCAAUGUGAUAAAUAUCUACUUCAGUUGAUACCCCCAUUAUUUAACCAUUUUGUGCAGGCUGAUAUAAAUCCGCUCAAAGUGAUACAAGGUUUAACGUGUUGUUUUUUCACAAAUCAACUGGAAUUUGAUAUAGUAUUGCGGGUUAUUGAUAUAUACCUAUUCGAAGGAGACAUAAUGUUGUUAAGAACUUCACUUGCAUUGUUGAAAAGGAUAUCGUAUAAACUGUAUGGGAGUAAUGAGGAAGUUUACUCUUUACUGAAUUCAAAUAAGCUGUUUAAGAUAACUCCAACACUAAAUGUCGGAGAAACGACUGAUUUUAUCAACGAGAUUAGAAACGUUUUAAAGAAAGAAAAAACACAGAAUUAA